AUGGCGACCCAAGUUGAGACGGCUGUGGCUCCGCCUGCCGUUACCGUGAUGAAUGGCGCUGUAAAUGGCGGCAUCAGCCAUCCCCCCGCAGACUCCAAGAGAACGGUGGUGAUCGUAUUUGGUCCGGGCCAAGAGGGCAUUCUUCAGGUCGUGGCCGAGGUCUUGGGAAAGGCAUGGACGACGGUGUCGUCGUUGUCUACAGUCGUAUCAGGGAGCGAUGCGGUUGUUGUGGGCAUCCUGGCAAGCGAUCUGGAGAGCACCUUUGCAGAAUACAGAGGUGACCUGUCCAAAUUGUUACUGAUCAACACUCACUGCGUGGACGAUGGAUCGUUCCCAGAUGAGAGGCUCUCCGAGAGUUGCCAUUACGAGUUUCUGUACUCUCGCAGUCCGUUCUUUCGCCGCGAUCUGACCCGAUUUCUGUCGCUGAUCCUGGGUCAGCGGCGCCCCCACGACGACCUGGCCACGAAGAAACGGACGAAUUUUAUAUCGACCACGUUCCCCGAUGUCCGUGCGGCCUUGCCCAACCUGGAUAUCCUGUCUGUAGGCUCGGACGCGGUGGAGAUCCGGGUCGAUUUGCUGGAAGAGCCUUUGUCGGAUGGCAGUCGCAGCCCUGUUCCCAGCCUGAAGUACGUGGGUCAGCAGGUCAUGCUGCUGCGGCAGCAUACCGAGCUUCCCAUCAUCUUCACGACGAGGUGUACCAACGAAAAUGGAAGGUUUCCCAUGGACGAUCCUAAACUGUUCCACAAGUACCUGCGUCGUGCGAUCAAAUGGGGCGUGGAGUACAUCGACGUCGAAUUGUGGCUUCCAGAAGAGAUCCGGAAAGAUCUUGCGGCGCAUAGAGGCAAUAGCAUCAUCAUGUCUGCUUUUCACGACUUCUCCGGGACGUGGAAAUGGACGUCGCCGGACGCGCAGAGGUUGUUCAGGGAAGGCGCCCGAUAUGCCGAUAUCGUUAAGAUGAUCGCGAUGGUGAACACGGUUGAAGCAAACUAUGAGUUGGAGUAUUUCCGUUCGACCAUCAAGGCGAACUACUCCUAUCCACUCUUGUCCGCCGUGAACAUGGGCCAGAAGGGACAACUUUCCCGCGCGCUGAACACGGUUUUCUCCCCCAUCACACAUCCAUUACUACCGAUCAUCGCUGCUCCCGGCCAGCUGACGGCGGCCGAGAUCAAUCGGGCCCUUCACAUCAUGGGCCAACUGCCGAAGCGCGACAUGUAUGCGAUUGGACCCUUCCGUUCCACUUCGCAGUCCAUGUUCAUGGAGAAGUGCUUCAACGAACUCGGUCUCCCACACAACUUCAUCUGCAUCGACCGGGGUCCUCGAGGGUCGAUCGAGUCCGUGAUCAUGCAGCCCAGUUUCGGCGGUGCUUACGUGAAUCCCCCGCUGACAAGUUCGGUGUCUUAUAUACCGACGAAAAGCGACGCCGCACGCGCGAUCGGCUUGAUUGACACCAUCACCGUCGACGGUUCGGAUGGGCAACCCCGGUUCGUGGGCGAAAAUGCGACCUGGAAGGGGAUUCGAGCAACCCUCACGCGGGAUUAUGUUCCCUCUGCCUACCGGGGCCGUGCGGUGAUCAUCCUUGCCAGUUCGGAGAGCGACGCUUCCGCUGCGAUCUAUGCCCUGCGGAGUCUGGAUGUGGGCACCAUCUAUACGGUCGGGUUCCGGGCGACAGGCCCGCUGGCGGCUGGUCUCGAGCCUUUUACUUCGAUCCAGUCCGUCAAGCUGGUGGAACAGCCGUUUGUGAUCGUCUCUGCAUUGCCACCAGAGAAAUCGCUUCUCGUCCAGCCAUUGUUACGACAUUAUCGAACCAACGGCCACUCUUCGCCACCAUCCACGAGGGGGAAGGUCUAUCUCGACCUGACCAGCGGGCCGCGCAAAGGCGAUCCGCUUACCGUCGCUGCUCGCGCCGGCUGGACGGCGUACGGCAUCGAAGAUGUGAAUGCGUGGACGACGGUCGAAACCCUCCGGCUGCUCGUGGGGCAGAAUGUCCCAUUUGAUUUUGUCCGCAUGGCGUCCGGCCAUGGUUUAUAUUAA